AUGGCCAGCCCGGCGAAGCAGAUGAAGACAGAAGGGCGAGACCGUGGUCGGCUACCUCCACGCACUGUCACCGGUCAGAUCAUGGCCAGAUCGGCCCGUCUGACCGUGAACGGACCUGUGACGGGCAUGCAAAUUGUCACCAAGCUGAGGUGCCACGCAAGGACAACUCACCUCACCUGCAGCGCUCACGGCGGACAAGCUUUGGAGGACCAGAUUCAGUGUGUUGUACUAUUGUACCUCUCCGGCUGCCUUGUACUUCUUCUGCUCCUUCUCCUGGUCUCCCUGGCGGGCCUCCAUUAUCCUACUGACUGUGCAGACCUGUAUGCUAGUGGGGUGGUCAGUGGGGUUUACACAAUCUACCCUGACGGAAAUCACUCUGCCGUUAGAGUUUACUGUGACAUGGGCUCUCAAAACGAGGAGGGUGAGGGAGGAUGGACUGUGUUUCAGAGGAGAAUGGAUGGUUCCGUGACCUUCUACAGGUCCUGGAACCAGUAUAAGGAAGGGUUUGGGAAUGUCUCCGGUGAAUACUGGCUGGGAUUACAGGUGCUUCACCAACUCACCACUAGUAAGACAUGCGAGCUGAAAGUGGACAUGGAGGACUUUGAGGGCAACAGGGUUUUUGCCAGGUACUCCAACUUCUCUGUGGCAUCAGAGGAAGAGGGGUACAAGCUGACUGUGAGUGGCUUCACCGACGGAGGUGCUGGAGACUCGUUGUCUUACCACAAUGGGCAGCAUUUUAGUACGUAUGACACGGACCAUCCUGGAAACUGUGCCCAAACCUAUCUUGGGGCACACUGGUAUAACAACUGCCACUUUUCCAAUCCCAAUGGUGUUUAUGCGCACGGUCCUACUACCCUCUUUGCUAUUGGUGUGAAUUGGCGCUCAUUCAGAGAGUACCAUUACUCACUGAAAUCCUUCACUAUGAAGAUUAAGCCGCUGGCUUAG